CGAGCGUGGGCUCCCGGCAGUAACUGGUGCUCCCAAGUCCUGUGCAUGGGAGGGACCUCGCCGGUGUUUCCUUUUAACCAGCGUCUCUUCCCCACUUGGACAGCAUACAGUGAGCACCAGGUCACUGGCCAGCUACGGGGAAUCGCGAAGGUUGAAGGCUCAGCAUGGGGAAGAGUUGCAAGGUGGUCGUGUGUGGCCAGGCAUCUGUGGGCAAAACGUCAAUCCUGGAGCAGCUUCUGUACGGGAACCAUGUAGUGGGCUCUGAGAUGAUCGAGACCCAGGAAGACAUCUACGUGGGCUCCAUCGAAACUGACCGGGGGGUGCGGGAGCAGGUGCGCUUCUACGACACCCGCGGGCUCCGGGAUGGGACGGAGCUGCCCCGGCACUGCUUCUCCUGCACCGAUGGCUACGUCCUGGUCUACAGCACGGACAGCCGGGAGUCCUUCCAGCGCGUGGAGCUGCUCAAGAAGGAAAUCGACAAGUCCAAGGACAAGAAGGAGGUCACCAUCGUGGUCCUUGGCAAUAAAUGCGACCUGCAGGAGCAGCGGCGUGUGGACCCGGACGUGGCCCAGCAUUGGGCCAAGUCGGAGAAGGUGAAGCUGUGGGAGGUGUCUGUGGCUGACCGCCGCUCCCUCCUGGAGCCCUUCAUCUACCUGGCCAGCAAGAUGACCCAGCCCCAGAGCAAGUCCGCCUUCCCCCUCAGCCGUAAGAACAAGGGCAGCGGCUCCUUGGAUGGCUGAAGAGCUGCCAUCCCUUCUUCACCUCCCCAACCCCAGUCCAGCAUCUGGGGCUUUGGAAGAUGGGUUGAAGGGAAAGGCAGCUCCCACUAGGGCAGGCAGCUGGGCUGUUCGGGGCUCGGGCCACUUUGGCUCCCUCCUAACUCCGGGAAGUGCAAAUAAUCUAGGUUAGUGCCCUCAACCUCUCCCUCCACCCCAGCUUCCAUCCCAUCUGCCCCUCUGGGACCUGGGGCAGAUGUGGGUCAGGGUCCCUCCCACCUGCCCUGGUUGGGAAGCAGAGCUACCCCACGGAAGUGCCACGUCUAGGGUCUGGUUCCGAUCACGGGUCCCACACCUCUGGGCUUCUGCCACACACACACACACACACGGCACCAGCCUGGACUCUCGGGGAAGGGCGUCCAGGUAUCGUGUACGCGUGUGCGUCCUCCUAUUAGGGGUGCCUCCUCACCCAGCACCCUGACCUUGUUCCCAUCUGCACUGUGGCUGGGAGAAGCCAGCCUCCUGGGAAGUGUGAUUUUCUACUUGACCUCCCGCCCCAAUUGUUUCACUUCCUCUUCCUGCUUCAUUGGUUGAGGUGGAACGGCAUGAUGACUGGGGCUGGUUCACCAAGGGGCUUUGUUACCCAGCAGGGCUUUCUCUCUCUGGGCUUUGGUUUCCUCAUCUGUACAGUGACAGGAGUUGCUUAGAUGGCCUUCCAGCUCCUCUCCGGCCCCAUGACUUUCUAACGCCCCUGGCUUGGGGCCAGCUGACUGUCUCCUUGGUUUCUUCUCCCUCUUCAAGGUGCUACGCCUACCGGCCCUGGAGGCUGGGACUCUGCUCUCCGACAACCGCCAGGGGGCAGGAGUGCACUGUCUACUCUAGUAGCCAGAAUGGCUGCUGAGU